AUGGAUAAUGGAACUAAGGAGUGGUGGAUGGCUGCCAAAUGGAGUGAAGAAUAUGAACGAGGAGUAAACGAAUAUAUUAAAAGGGCUUUUUCUGCCAAGUCUGAAGGAAACCAAAUUUGUUGUCCAUGUGGUAGUUGUCAUUAUCGUUAUUGGUGUCAUGAAAAAGUUGUGAGAGAUCACCUAGUUUGCAAUGGUUUUGUGCCAAGAGAGGACAAGUUGUCAGAAUUAGGGAUCCACUUUGAAAGAGAAAUACCUACUUGCAAUGCUGAUGAACAGUCGAACCAAGAUGAUUUGGAUGAUGAUCUAGUAGGGUUGUUACAUGAUGCACGUGAUGCUUUUAGAGAGGGGCCGAAUGAUGAGGCAAAAAAGUUUUUCCAGUUACUUGAAGGAGGUCAGGAGGAAUUGUAUCCCGGGUGCAAGACGCAUUCAAAACUUUCCUUUAUGAUCAAACUAUUUAUCAUAAAGUGUGAUCAUAAGUUGACCAAUGGUGCGUAUGCUGAUAUUGCAGACCUUGUAAGGGAGGCGUUUCCUGAUGCAAAAUUGCCCAAGUCUUUUAAUGAAGCGAAGAGUGCUUUAAAGGUGUUGGGGUUGAAUUAUACUAAGAUAGAUGCAUGCCCCAAUGAUUUCAUGAUGUACUGGGAAGAGCAUGCAAAUGCCACAAGUUGCCAUGUUUGUGAUACGCCAAGAUGGAAGUCGAAUGAUACAGAGAACGACACGCCACUUGAAAAUGGAAAAGUCCAUAGGAUUCCCAAAAAGAUCCUUAGGUACUUUCCAAUAAAAAGAAGGUUGCUAAGGCUAUUUAUGUGCCAAGAGACCGCAAGCAACAUGACAUGGCAUACUAGUGGGCGAGAAAAUGAUCAUCUUUUACAUCAUCCAGUAGACGGAAAAGCAUGGAAGGAGUUUGAUUCUUUGUAUCCAAAGUUUGCCGAGGAUCCGCGCAAUGUGAGGUUGGGGCUAGCUACUGAUGGGUUUAGCCCAUUCAAUUCAAUGAGCAUUGCACAUAGUACAUGGCCAGUUAUAUUGAUCAAUUAUAACUUGCCUCCAUGGAUGAUUAUGAAGCCAGAGUUUUUGAUGUUAGCUUUACUUAUCCCUGGCCCUUCUUCCCCCGGUAAUGAUAUUGACAUUUAUUUGCAGCCACUAAUAAAGGAUCUAAAGGAAUUGUGGGAGUUUGGUUUGGAAACUUAUGAUUCUUCAAGCAAUCAAAGGUUUGACAUGCGUGCAGCUUUGAUGACCACCGUUAGUGAUUUUCCAGCUUAUGCAAUGUUGUCCGGGUGGAGCACAAAAGGAUAUUUUGCAUGCCCUGAUUGUCACUAUGACACUGAUUAUGAGAGAUUGGAUUUUAGCAAAAAGAAUUGUUAUAGGGCAACUCGUAGAUUUCUUGAUCCAGCUCAUCCUUGGCGUUAUAAUAAGAGGAACUUUGACGGAGUGAUUGAGGAAAGAAGUGAGCAUAUUCCUUUGAAAGGAACCGAUGUUGAGUAUAUGUUGCGUGAUUUUCCAAAUGAAUUUGGAAAGAAGCGAAAGAAAACGAGGGGUGAUGAGGAUGAUCCAGUUCCAUGGAGAAAGAUAUCCAUACUUUUUCAGUUGCCAUAUUGGAAGCAUUGUUCCAAUCGCCAUAAUCUCGACGUAAUGCAUAUUGAGAAAAAUGUGUUUGAUAAUGUUCUUGGGACAUUAUUAGACAUACCUGGAAAGACUAGAGAUCAUGAAAGUGCUCGUCGAGAUUUGGUAAAAAUGAAAAUCAUGCCGGAGCUUCAACCAAAGUUGGUAGAUGGUAGCGAAGUAUUCCCAAGAUCUCGCUUCUGGAUGUCAUUGGAACAAAAACGCAAGUUUUGCCGAGUCAUAAAAAAUGCUAAGUUACCACAAGGCUAUGCUUCUAAUAUUUCUCGUUGUGUGCAAGUCGAAGAUCGGAAAAUCACAGGCUAUAAGAGCCAUGAUGCUCAUUUUAUGAUGAAUUACUUGCUCCCUAUUGCCGUGAUAACAACAUUACCCAAAGAUGCUGCUACACCGUUGAUCAGACUUUGUGGUUUCUUCAAAGGCAUAUGGAGUAAAACUAUUGAUCCUGGACAUCUCGACAUACUCCAUUCUGAGAUAGUUGAAGCACUUUGCAUGCUUGAGCGGAUUUUCCCACCUGCCUUUUUUGACAUAAUGGUGCAUUUACCUGUACAUUUGGUGAAGCAAAUUAAGUUGGGCGGACCUGUUAGUUCAAAUUGUAUGUAUGGAAUUGAGAGGUAUCUUCAUGAGUUAAAGUUGGAUGUUCGAAACAAGGGUCGUCCAGAAGGCUCAAUGGAAGAUGGUUACCAAGCUAAAGAAUGUAUUGCUUUCAUUGCUAGACAUUUGAAACGAUCAAACAUAUCCACACAUGAUGUUAAUGAGUGCACUGUCUCACAAUCAUUUUUACCUAAGAUAGGACGUCCUAUCAAAGGAAAGGGAAGGACCUCAAAGAAAAAGCAUUGUGGACACAUGAUUGAUCGAAUUACAUGGGCACAAGCACAUCGUUAUGUCUUAUUCAACUGCGAUUGUGAGGACGUUGAGAGAUACAUAAAUGAACACAAGAUGUGUGUAAGCAGUAAACGGAAGAGGAAAUGGAAUAGUGCACAAGACCAUAACAAGGAUUUUAUCGAUUGGUUUAGGGAAAAAGUUGAGUUGGAAGUUGAAGAAGGUCAAGAAAUUAUCUCGGACCAUCUCGUAUGGUUAUCUAAAGGACCUUCUUAUGUGGCCAAAAAACAUACAGGUUACUCUGUUAAUGGGUAUAGAUUCCAUACAAUGAAGCGUGAUGCAAAGUGUGUAACUCAAAAUAGUAGAGUCACUCUCACAGCAAUAACACAUAGCUUUGCGAGUUCCAAAGAUCAAAAUCCUGUAGUGGGAGACGUCAAUUAUUAUGGUUCAAUCCAAGACAUUGUUGAGAUAUCUUACCAUAGUCAUUUUAGUGUUGUCUUAUUUAAUUGUGUGUGGUUUCACUCGGAAAAAGAUGAUGAUGAACUUAUUAUGGUUAAUACGAAUAAGAAAAUUUCUGAGGGAGAGCCAUUUAUCUUAGCAUCUCAAGCACAUCAAAUGAAAGCCAAUAAGGCCAACUUUCCUAGUCCACACCAUCAGGUUAGAGUUCCAGAAUAUGAAAGAAUGCGGAUGGAGAAUUUGAAAAUGAAUGUAGACAGAAUGACUGCUAAAGGUGCCGGGUUCUUAGCUAAGAAAAUACUACAAGAAAAACUUCAUGGUUCGGGUUUUCCUAAUGGAAAUGGAAAUAACAUGGUGGAAGAGUCAGAUGAUGAGUCAACAUCUGAGUACGAUGGAGGCUGUAAUGAGGAUGAAACUACUUGCAACAUGGAAAUUGAAAAUUUCACCCGUCAUAAAAAAAGUUUCGCAGAAAAGCUUCUUCCUCCUGAUUCUGUACAGGUGUGCUGUGAAUGGUCUGCAAGCACAUCCACUAGAGCUCAUAGUGUGCAGCUGUGGCUUCUUGAUUCUGCUCAUCAGCAAGCAAAAUAUGAGGUUUUGGCUCAGUCCCCAACUAUGGGUGAUUUUGUGAAGAAUAAUAAUCCCAAACAGAAGCAUCAUUAG